AUGAUCAUUCGGUCCUUCUGUCGUCGCGCUCUCGCCUCGUCACUCGCCUUACUCCUGUUCCUCAACCCGCAGCCUGCCUGCGCGAAGAAGGAUGGCCCGACCAUCUCCUCAACCAAGUUCGAUGAUCCGCUAGAGAGUCUUUUCUACUUUGAUGAUUCCAAUGUCAUCCUUGGCCAUAAUAAAGAGAAAAGUUCCAUCUGGCGUAGUGCCGACGCUGGUGAGACCUGGGAAGAAGUCAACGAUUCCGGUCAAUCUGGCUCUGCUUGGGACCUCUGGCCCCAUCCUUGGGACUCUCAUCGCGCCUACGUCCUUGGCCUCGGCAAAGACCACUGGAUCACCACCGAUCGAGGCGAGACGUGGCGGAAAUUCCAAACAAACGUGAAUCUGGCCAUCUUUCGCCAAAAUCCCUUGAGUUUCCACGGUCGAGAUCCCAAACGGGUCAUCUGGAAUGGAGAGGAAUGCGCUGGUCGAGCCUGUACCGAAGUGGCCGUAUAUACCGAUGAUGAUUUCAAGACGGUGGAACCCAUAGGUAGCAAGACCAGAGGAUGUCAAUGGGCCGUCGGCACUCCAAGCUUUGCUGAAGACAUUGCUGUCGAAGUCGAUGACAGAGUCUUCUGCAUUGUCGAAGGUUUAUAUUCUCCCUGGCCCAAGGACAACAGACUUCUCGUGUCUGAUGACUUCUUCAAAUCAAAAGGCUUCGAGCCACAGUUGGACGUUGGCCGUGCCGUCACCGGCAUCAUCAGCAUGGCUGCGGUCAAAGGUUUUGUGGUUGCUGCUUCGAAGUCCGAGGGCACCGAUGAGCUGGCCUUGUAUGUCACAAAAGACGCUUCGCAGUGGCACCGAGCUCAAUUCGGGCAACAUCGUGUCGAAGAGGAUGCAUAUACCAUUUUGGAAAGCACAAACUACAGCAUGCAGGUUGAUGUACUCGGUUCCAGACCCUCUAAUCCCAUGGGCUUCCUCUUCACUUCAAAUUCUAACGGAACUUAUUUCACCCGAAAUAUUGACUACACAAACAGAAACAUGUAUGGUCGGGUCGAUUUUGAGAAAGUCCAAACAAUUCAGGGUAUUGUGCUGGUGAAUGUCGUGGACAACUUUAAGCAAGUUGGAGCUUCAAUCAUCGCCGAGAAGCAGGUCAGAUCUCAAAUCAGUUUUGAUGAUGGCAGAACUUUCCAGUCCCUCAAGGUGGGUAAGGAGGAUCUCCAUCUACAUUCAGUCACCGAUGCUCGACAAGGUGGAAGAAUGUUUUCCAGUCCCGCCCCGGGUAUUGUCAUGGGGGUUGGAAACACUGGAAAAUUUCUCAAGCCAUAUGAUGAUGGAGAUCUCUACGUCUCAGAUGAUGCUGGUGUGACCUGGUACGAAGGACUAGAUGGUGCUCACCUCUACGAGUUCGGCAACCAGGGCGCCGUAAUCGUCGCUGUCUAUGACGAAGACACCACCAGUCAUUUGAUGUAUUCAAUCGAUCACGGCAAGAACUGGCAGAAGGCUGAUUUGGGCACUAAGAUACGUGCCAAAUUCGUGACAACCGUCCCUGACUCUACAACACUCAAGUUUCUUUUGAUGGGAACCCAUGGAUCAGGCUCCAAAACAGAGUACCAUAUUUUCAAGAUUGAUUUCGAAGGCCUACAUGAGCGCGCUUGUACCGAGAAAGAUUUCGAGCGAUGGCCCGCCCGCGUUGAUGAGAAAGGAAAUCCUAGCUGCAUCAUGGGACACAAGCAGUUCUUCAACAGACGGAAAGCCAACGUGGAAUGUUUCAUUGAUGAAGAGUUCAAGGACCCAGUACCCGAAUUCGAGCCUUGCGUAUGCACGAUCGCCGAUUUUGAAUGCGACUACAAUUUCGUCAGAGAUCCCGAUGAUCGCACAAAAUGCAAUCCCGCCGAGACUAUUUCCAUUCCAGAAGGAGCAUGCAAGAAUGGAAAGGGAACUUUCCUAGGACCAUCUGGCUGGCGGUUAAUUCCUGGUGAUGAGUGUACUCGGAAAGGUGGUGAAGAACUCGACAAGGAAAUCGAGCGCCCAUGCACAGAUGCCGUCCAUAAGCCUGUCUCCGGAGACAUCACGGUCGAAAAGACAAAUUUCAACGCUCAACGAUUCUCGGAGUGGUACUAUCUCGAACGAGGUGACACCUCAAUUGGAGAUGAUGAAACUAUUGUCAUGCGUACAAGCGAACAGGACAUUUAUCUCUCCGACGAUCAUGGAAAGACUUGGGAGCCAAUCCUCAAAGAUGAACCCAUCACCUCCAUCGCUCCUAACCCUCAUCAACAUGAUGUUGUUUUCUUUCUUACAGGCUCCAAAGUUGUUCAUUAUACCAUUGAUCGUGGAGCUCGCUUCCACCAAUUUGAAGCACCUGAACGGCCCAGUAAUCUGAGGCUAGCAACACUCAAGUUUCAUCCGGAUUACAAAGAUUGGCUUCUGUGGUCUGGUGCGGUCGGAAAAGAUGACCAUACCAACAUCUUUUACUCCAAGGACCGCGGUGAUAAUUGGCAAACACUAGUGAGAUAUGCUCGAAAGUGCGAGUUUAUUACCAGAGAAGGUCGAACCAAUGCAGACGAGCUCAUCUACUGUGAGCAGUAUGAAGACGAGAAUCCGGACAAGAGCUUGAGGCUGUUGUCCAGUGAGAACUUUUUUGGCGACUCCAAGGUUCACUUCCCUGAUAUUCUAGACUUUGCCACGAUGUCGGAAUUUAUCAUUGUUGCUGCUAAAGCGGAAGAUAAGCAAGGCCUAAAAGUCGAUGCAAGUGUUGAUGGCAGAACCUUUGCUUCUGCACAAUUCCCCAAGAACUUCCAAGUCGCUCAUCAACAAGCGUACACCGUUCUCGACAGUUCAACGCAUGCGGUCUUUCUCCAUGUCACCGUCAACGCGGCACCAGACCGCGAAUAUGGUACAAUCAUCAAAUCAAACAGCAAUGGCACGUCGUAUGUCCUUACGAUCAACGCAGUCAACCGAGAUACCGAAGGAUAUGUCGACUUCGAAAAAAUGCAAGGUCUCGAGGGUGUUGCCAUGGUCAACGUUGUUUCCAACAUUGGAGAAACACAGGAUGGUGAGAAGAAGAAGUUGAAGUCAAUGAUCACUCACAAUGAUGGCGCCGAAUGGUCUCUACUCCCGCCGCCUAAGAAGGAUGCUUUGGGCAACAACUACAAUUGUGUCAGUGAUGCAAACAAGGCAACCGAGAAAUGUUCGCUACAUAUCCACAGCUAUACCGAACGUGCCGACAAGUCAGCUACGUUCUCCAGCCCAAGCGCCGUCGGUCUGAUGAUGGCUGUGGGUAACGUCGGUGAUCACCUCCUACGCAAAGACGAUGAUGCAACAGACACCUUUAUCACUCGUGACGCUGGAAUAACUUGGAAUUCGGUAAAGAAAGGUAGCUAUAUCUGGGAAUAUGGUGACCAGGGAAGUAUCAUUGUUAUCCUCGAGGAGUCGAAACCCACCAAAGUCUUGUUCUAUUCUUUGGAUGAGGGAGCAACAUGGAAGGAGUUUGAGUUUUCCUCUAUCGAGAUGCAGAUUGAUGCAAUCACUACUCUGCCAUCUGACAACUCUCGAAACUUCCUCCUCUGGGGACGUGAGCUCGGCAACGGUGCCAAAAAGGGCAUUUUCACCGUCAAUGUCGAUUUCAGUGCUCUCAAGGAACGACAACGACAAUGCAAGCUCGAUGAAGUAAAUCCUGUUAACGAUGACUACCUUCUCUGGGAACCUAAGCACCCGAUGCAAGACUCGAACUGUCUCUUUGGGCAUGUUUCCGAAUAUCAUCGCAAGAGAACGGACGCCGACUGCUACAACGGCAAGAUCAUCGAUCAUCUUCACAGCAUCGCCCAGAACUGUACUUGCACUCGACAAGAUUUCGAGUGUGAUUACAACUAUGAGGUUCAAGCAGACGGAAGUUGUCAGCUUGUUCCUGGCAUGGAACCACCCGACCACGUACAAAACUGCUUGGACAAUCCUAAACAAGUUGAAUUCUACUAUCCUACAGGAUAUAGACGCAUACCGCUUACGACAUGUUCUGGCGGACGGGAGUUGGAUAAGCUCGAAAGCCAACCUUGUCCCGGCCACGAGGAGGAGUAUCAAAAGAAACACGGCAUCGGCGCUGUCGGCCUCUUCUUUGCUAUUGUCAUUCCCCUCGCUGCGGCGGCAGGUAUUGGGUACUGGGUUUUCACCAAAUGGCAGCAGGAAGGAUUUGGCAACUUCGGUCAAAUCCGACUCGGCGAGAGCAUAAGUGGCUCCUCAAGCUCUGGAGAUCCGCUCUGGAUCACUAUUCCCGUUGCCAUCAUCAGUGGUGUUGUCGCCGUGGCAAAAGCAACUCCUUUACUGGUCAUGAGCCUCUUCCGGAGCGCAAGGGGCUACAUGCCUGUGGGCUCUGGCAGCGGCGCUUCUGGUGGUAGAUUUGGGGUUGGCAGAAGCGGAGGUGCCGGUGGUUAUGGUGCGCCAUAUCGCUCCAGGGAUGCCUUCGCAAGUCGGACGCAGGACUACUCUCAAGUGGUUGAGGAUGAUGAGUUGCUCGGUGAUGGCUUGGAUGAAGAAGAGGAGGUUUGA